UUACGGUUGCACAGCCGAUCACGGAGGAAGCCUUUUCGUUUCCCGGUGGGCGGUGGGUAACAGACUGGCAACGCUAUGCGUGGACUUGCAUAAUCACGGCGCGCAUGAACGGCCGUGAUUUGCGAUCGCAGCCUUCGGUCAUAAGCUGCCUUCCCAUCUCCACGAUUCCAAGCUCGAGCCAUGUCUCGCUUCUUCUUCUUCUUCUUCUUCUUCUUCUUCCUUCCGCUCCUUUCUUCCGCUUCCGGAGGUGUAACGCUUGCUCCACCUUCCGAUCCUUUCUCUGCUGGCGUGGCGUUGAACAUCGACUGCGGAGGCACCGCUAACUUCACGUCGGAGUUUGGGCGCUCCUGGGUGGCGGAUCUCUACUACUCCGGUGGCGCCGCCGGGUUGGUGGCGGAGCCCCACCGGUUCCAGCUGCCGCAGGAGCGAACUCUCCGUUUUUUCCCUCCGGUUUCCUACGGCAAGAAGAACUGCUACGCUGUUCCCCUUCCCAACGGCCGCUAUUAUAUUCGCACCUUCACCGUCUACGACAACUACGAUUCCAAGCUCCGGAGCCCUAGCUUCGACGUCUCCUUCGAAGGCACGCUCGUAUUCACCUUGCAUUCCCCCUGGCCCGAGGCCGCUGCCCGCUCUGGUGCUUAUUCUGACUUUAUCGCCGCCGUCCCCGACGGCAGCGCCACCCUUUGCUUCUACAGCAUCGCCACCGACCCUCCUGUCAUUGCCUCCCUCGAGAUCGCUGCCAUUCACCCACUCGCCUACGAUGCUGCCUCCACCGGCACAGAUCUCAUCCUCAUCAAUUAUGGCCGCCUCACAGCUGGUUCCUCCCUCUUCGGUCCUGGAUUCUCUAACGACUCCGACGCUUUCUCCAGGGUCUGGCAACCUGAUGCCGUAUACCGAAACCCGAAUGUCUCAGUCAAGGCGCUAUCCGCUGGGGGACACCAAAUAUACGGCGCCAACCAGGCCCCAAAUUACUUCCCUGUCAAGCUGUACGAGACAGCCGUCACAACCGUCAAUCUUGGGGACACUCUUGAAUUCUUGCUGCCGGUGGACACGCGGCUAGACUACAUGCUUUGGUUUCACUUUGCGGAGAUAGAUUCUGGGGUGAACGCUGCAGCACAGAGGGUGUUCGAUGUGUUCAUCGGCCAAGAGAAAGUGUCGAGAAUUGACAUCUACAAGGAGGUCGGAGGGUUCACAGCCUUCAAGUGGAGUUACAUAGUGAGAAACUUGACAAGCAGGCCCUUAAGUGUGAAGCUGGUGCCGGUGGCUGCAAAGCCCAUUAUUUGUGGACUUGAGAAUUAUGCUAUGGUGCCAUUGGACAUGGUCACGGUGUCAAGUCAAGUGUUGGCGAUGCAGGCAUUGAAGGAAUCACUGCGGGUACCGGAUAGGAUGGGCUGGAACGGAGACCCGUGUGCACCUUCCACGUGGGAUACUUGGGAGGGUGUCACUUGUCAUCUCAGUGAGAACGGACAAAAUCUUGUUGUCACUCAAUUGGACUUAGGAAGUCAAGGCUUGAAAGGAUAUAUUAGUGAUAAAAUAAAUAUCUUAACACACUUGGUAAACUUGAACUUGAGCUCUAAUUCUUUGGGAGGAAGUUUGCCAACAGAUUUUGGUCUUGGGUCCUUAGUAAGCUUGGACCUGUCUUCAAAUCAGUUUACAGGGAGUAUUCCAGAUACCUUGGGUUCCUCAAACUUGCAAAUUGUAUUGUUAAACAACAAUCAAUUGGAUGGACAAGUUCCUGAGAAAGUUUAUUCAAUUGGUGUACAUGGUGGAAUCAUAGACCUUUCAGGUAAUAAAGGUCUUUGUGGUGUUCCCACUUUACCAGCAUGUCCUUUAUUUUGGGACAAGGGUGGUCUUUCAUUAGCUGGCAAGAUUGCAAUUGGCUUAUCAUGCGUUUUUAUUUUCAUUUUACUUCUCGUCAUUUAUAUUUUCUGCAUAAGAAGGGGAAGCAGCGAUUAUGAUUUUGAGUUUCCUCAAGACUUAAUAUCAAUUGCAGCAAAAAGAAACAGGUACCAGAGACAGAAGCUUAUGCUUGUGGAGCUGGAAGAAGCGUCAAACUCUACAAGUUUUCCUAGCAGCUCAAACACUCAUUAGCAACCUCUUAGCAUAAGAUGAGAAAAGAUUGCUUAGUUUUCUUGAUUUGGAAGACUAAAUCAGAUGCCCAUGCGCACUCAUUCUUUGGUGGUAGCAGAGAUAUUGCAUUGAACGACUCAUCUAAACGCCGGAAGGACCUCGUUUGAAUUCACCAACGAAGUGUGUAUAUUAUAAGAUAUGAAAGUGGAAGAAGCCAAUUAUGUCCCGUAGUAUAUGAAUCUGUAGGGAUCAUUAGAUUUGGAGAAAUUUUUGCAUUUCCUUGGUCUAGAUGAUAUGUAGAUUGGCUGAUUCAUGGAUUCAACAUUUUUGUGUGCGAAGUUCUCUGCAAAACAUACAAAUGUGGAUUUUAUUGACAAAUUAACAAUAAUUAAUGUCGUCGAUGCCAGUUCAUUGUGAUCA